AUGGUCAUCCUUCGUACAGCCGACAAAGAGAAGUUCACCAUCGACCGCAAGGUCGCUGAGCGGAUGAACCUCAUUAAGAACUUGCUUGAGGAUGUUGGUGAGCACGAGGAAGAAGAAAUCCCAGUACAAAACAUCAAUUCGACUGUGAUGAGAAAGGUGCUUGAAUGGUGCGAUUACCACCAAAACGACCCUCUCCCGGCUCCCGAUGAAUCGACAGCCGAUGAAUCUCGGAGGCGCACGACUGACAUUAGCGAGUGGGACCAAAAGUUCAUUCAGGUUGACCAAGAAAUGCUGUUUGAGAUCAUUCUCGCAGCAAACUAUCUCGACAUCAAGGCUCUUCUUGAUGUCGGAUGCAAGACCGUCGCCAACAUGAUCAAGGGCAAGACUCCUGAGGAGAUCAGAAAGCUCUUCAACAUUGCUAAUGACUUCACUCCGGAGGAAGAGCAACAGAUAAGGCGCGAGAAUGAAUGGGCUGAGGAUCGCUAA